AUUCGCACUUCUCUGUCGACUGCACGUCGAUAGCUACGUGCCACUGUCGUUUCUGUCGAAAAGUCGAAGUGGUGGUGCGAUAUUUAUAGGAUUUUAAACGCUUAUACGGAUAAUUGCAAACGGUGAGCAUGACAAUUUUAUUGUGCUCAAAAAAUGUAAGAGAUCACGGUGCAAAAACUCAAGUCUGCUUAAUCAAACAGUCAUUGAACACCGAGAACUGAAAGACCGGGUUAUAUAUUGCAAAAUCACUUUCGAAAUGGCCACGAUCGCUCGUACCUUGCGUCCUUACUUGAGGUGCAUUCGCAGUCAAAAAAGAACCUAUGCAGAUGCUGCUGCUGCCAGUGAUCAAAUGAAAUUUACUUUUGCUGGCGCUAAUCAGGUAUUUUAUGACAAAGCUGCGAUUCGUCAGGUCGAUGUCCCUUCCUUCUCAGGUUCUUUUGGUAUUCUACCAAAGCAUGUACCUACUCUGGCAGUAUUGAAGCCUGGAGUAGUUACAGUUUAUGAAGAAAGUGGCACAGCUAAAAAGAUUUUUGUGUCAUCUGGUUCUGUUACCAUAAAUGAGGACAACAGUGUACAGAUUCUAGCAGAAGAAGCUCAUCCAGUAGAAGAUCUCGAUAAUGCAGCAGCAAAAGAUAUUCUUAGCAAAGCACAACAACAACUCUCAUCGGCCUCGUCGGACAAGGAUAAAGCCGAAGCAACUAUUGCAAUUGAAGUCGCAGAAGCUCUUGUGCAAGCUUCACAAUAAAUUGUUAAAAAUAUA